AUGUCCAUGUUGUCGUGCCGUGUGUUCUGUCUGUUGGCCAUUGUGCUCUGCUGUGUGGGUGUGAGUAGCUCAAGUGCCGCUGUGAAUGGAGCCCCAGGUGCGGCUUCGGGUGGCGCUCGCAGUAAUCAGAAGCGUCUUGAAGAUUGGCGAGAGAGGUCAAGUCAGUCAUAUGCGCAGUGGGCAAAUGGCACGCUUCAUCAGGUUUUGGCGGCGGGAAAGAUGGCGGAGCAGACUUUGAAAAUGAAAACGGAGUGUGCGAAAGUUGGCGAAACUGCUGAUGUGGCCGCCCGAGAUGUUGAUGUUUUUGCAAUUACCUUAAAAAACUCAAUUGAAACUGUCGCCGCUAAGACAUCAGAAGUGGAGCAAAACAAGGAAAAGGGUCGUGAACUGAUCAAGAAAGCAGAAGAGGCUGCAGAGAAAGCAAGAGAAUUCGCUGACAAAACUGAAGCACACUCUGAUCAGACUUUUGUCAAGGCCGCGUCUGCUCUUGAAGAAACAAAUAAAUUUAACGAAAGAUAUUCGAAAGAAAUGGAACAGUAUAACGCGCAAAACAGUCAGACGGCUGAAAAAGAAUAUGUAAAAAUGCUAAAAACAAAAGUGGAAGCUGUAUUCGACCGUAUGACAGAAAAGAAUAUGACAAAGCUUGCGUUAAAAGCAGUCGACGCCUCAGAAGAUUCACGCAAAGCGGCACUUGAUGCUUACGCUGCUGUGCAUUUUGUCGAAGGUGCUGUUAAACGUGCGGAAGAAGCCAUGGAUCAACUCGACGAUGCAGCUAUUGCUGCUGAGAAGGAAAAGAAAGGAAAAAAACGGGGCUCUGAUGCUGCUGAUAUUCCUGUAAUAAACACAAAGAAACUAUUGCUGCUGCUCUCUGUGCUGGGCUGCAUGACCGUGUGCUGA